CGUCUGUCUGCCCUUGAGGUCGGGCGAUAGAUAGGAAUCCUCCGACGAGACUGACGAGGACGAGGGAGGCCAUGGAGGGAUAAAUAGGUCAUCCUAUCCAGGGGUAAUGGAGAUCAAUCAAUAUACACGAACACACCCUCUCCAUUCACUCCAAAGAAGGCCGACAGCUCGCAAACCGACCGUCACCAUGUUCCAGAUCAAGACUAUCAUCUCCAUCCUCCCCCUCUUCCUCUCCGUCUCGCUCGCCUCCCCCUCGGCCAGGAAGAAUCUGGAAACCCGCGAAAGCUGUGACUACACCUGCGGAAGCACCUGCUACUGGGCCAGCGACGUCAGUGCCGCGCAGGCCAAGGGUUACUCGCUCUAUGAGUCCGGAGAGACCGUCCACGACUACCCCCACGAGUACCACGAUUAUGAGGGCUUCGAUUUCCCCGUUUCCGGCACCUACUACGAAUACCCCAUCAUGAGCGACUUUGAUGUGUACGAUGGUGGCUCCCCCGGUGCGGAUCGGGUCAUUUUCAACGGCGAUGAUGAAUUGGCGGGUCUCAUUACGCACACGGGCGCCAGCGGGGAUGACUUUGUGGCUUGUACUUCUUCCUAGGAGGGAUGGAGGGUGUCGGCCUGAAAUAGGGUGUUAUACAAAUAAAAGACGAAGUAUGAUGUGG